GUGAUUCAUACCUGAAAAAUACUCUCUUUCGUCAAAUCCAAUUAAAGCACACGGGUUUAUCACGCAAUCUUCCGUUCGUUUCCCGUGCUUUCACCCAAACCCCCAAAUUUGAAGAACGCCCACCCGCCUUCUUCCUUCCUCAAGCUGCACUACGCCUGAAGCCUAAUCAAUUCAAGAAUUUCCCCCAUUAAUCACCAAUUUCAAUGGCCUAUGUAGAUCAUGCCUUUUCUAUAUCAGAUGAAGACAUCAUGAUGGACUCUGAUUCUGCUUACACCGUACACAACCGACCUCCGGUCAAGGAGAUCGCUCUCGCCAUCUCGCUUCUUGUCUUCGGCAUCGUCGGCAUCAUCUCUGGCAUCUUCAUGGCUAUCAAUCAUGUUGGCGGCGACACGGGCCACGGUCUGUUUUUUGCGAUAUUGGGGGCGGUGUUGUUCAUACCUGGGUUCUACUACACACGGAUUGCUUACUACGCUUACAAGGGUUACAAAGAACAUGGUUGUAAUGGAAGCUAUAGAGUUCUUUAA